AUGAGAAACGCGAGCCACAAGAACAGCAUUUCCUCCGAACCCCAAUGGCCAGUCGAUCUAUACCGGUACACUGAUUGCGAUGGCUGGCAAAGGCAGCAAACUCAGGGUGACACACCACUGUCUGCAUCGCCACGAAAAGAUUCCAUUGUUCUUCCAUCCUUGCGACAGAAAUUCACCCUCAAGGGCGACACGGAUCAUGACAAAUCGAGCGUCAUUCGUAGAAACAAUUGCAUACUUCUAGUAUCACGCAAGCGAACAAGGGCCAUGUUGCUCAAAUUUGCCUCGCUACAAGACUGUUUGGAGUUUUCGGAUCGCUUUUGCGAGAUUAAUCAUCCUUCCUUGAUUGAGCAGCAUCAUAACAAUGAUGACAACCUUGCACCAAAAGGCCCUCGCAAUCAAAGCCAGAAUUCUAGCUACUAUAAUGUCAACCCUGAGGAUGGUCACACUGAGCAAGUCGUCAUGGCAAACAACCACCAAGCCCCUCAAGUUCGCAUCGAAGAUCAAGAACAAGUGCUUUCCCACAUUGUGCAGCUGGUUCACAAUCCCGAAUUCAUGAGCUUUGUUCACAAAUUGGAGAACUACAUUGGAAGCUGCAACGAUGGCGCUCAACUGUUGAAAGCUUUGGAAGUGAAUCCAAAUACGGACGACGGAAGAAUGGAAACGGAUACAAUGGACGCUCACACAAAUAUUUCCCUACAAUGCGACUUUCAUACCUAG